GAAAUUGCGGACUACUUACAAAAUCCUUAAUUGUUUCCAAUAACACUUCCCUAAGUUUGUUCAUGUCUAGUAUUGUGUCUCUACCUAAGUACCGGUAUCUGUUGGAGGCGAAAGCCAGGCAAUGACAAAGGAAAUGCUCGAAUGUCUCAUCAUAUUCCCCGUAUGCCCUAUACAUGCUAUCACUUGCCGCACCGAUUUUACAUAACUUCCUUUCAGUAAUAGCCUCGUCUUCUCACGAUCUGGGUCCCCCAUAGGAUUUUCGCCGUCCUACCGACCGUUUCGCUGUUCCACAAUGUUGCAUUCGCAGCCCACUCCCUUAUAUUAACGGCAAUCCGAAUUUUGUCCAGUUGGUCUUCAACUUAUUCCGGAAGCUUAUCGGAUUCGGCGCUGGCUGUGCUAUUCUAAACCUAAUGUAGCGAUGGUCAGAGAAAGAGUGUUCCAUGGAGACCCUCAAAUCCUGAACCUCAUCGAUUAGAUUUUCCGAACAUAUCGUCACAUCUAAUACCUCUCACUAAUCCUAUUAACGAAGGUAGCGGUGUUACCAAUAUUAGGUGUUAUUAGGUCGUUAGUAUUCAAGAACUCUGCACCUAUGAACUCUUGUACACAGCACCCAUUCCUUCAGAGAGUUAUAUGAACCACAUGCCGUAUCUUGGUCUUCUGAUCGUCCCAUGAGUAAUGCCGAUACACAAGGGUACAUAAGCAGCGGUUUUAGACCCACCGAUGGUAAUCUAGAAAGUUACGUUGUGUCUAUAAGGACUCGCAAGCCAACUGCGUAUUUUGGCGAUAAUCAUUUCUGUUCAGGUGUUAUUAUAACCUCAAGAAUAAUCCUAACAUCUGCUCAUUGUGUAAUGGAUGGCCAUCGCAUUAUAACUCGUCCAAGACGUUUGCGUGUAGUAGCAGGUUCACCUAAUCGUCUAAAGAAGGAAAGAACCACACUUGAGUUUAUGGUUUUCAAGGUUAUACCACAUCCAAAAUUUCAACGCAUGAAAGGCUACGACAUAGCCUUGUUGGUCCUAUCAGAUGCAAUACCCAGAUGGAAUACUAGAAUUAAAAUUAUAUCAUUAACUAAAUCAAGACCUACUGAGGGAACCCAUUGUCAGACACUAGGCUGGGGUCAAUUAUUUUGGGACGGGCCUUAUGCCGAUCGAAUCACCUAUGCUAAUCUUAGCAUUGUCUCCGACACAUUGUGUAGGCAAGCCUAUGGAGUCCACUAUACCAAAGACCUUAUAUGCGCUGCCAAUCCAAAGGAUUCUUCGGUUGGCACAUGUCGUGGAGAUUCUGGUGCUCCAUUAAUUUGUCAUGGCAAAUUAGUGGGUAUCGUGUCAUUCAGUAGCAUGUGUAAUAAUCUACAGCCUUCAACUUUUACCGAUGUCACAUACUACUCAAACUGGAUAAUAACAAUGGGUUUGGGAACAAAAAUCAAUGGUGGUGUUACCUGUUUUUUGGUGUUGUUGAUAUUGUAUUUGUUGUAAAAAUAUAUGUGGUGUAAAGAGUUACUUUUAA